AUGCCUUAUCUGUCAAAAGAAAUAGUGACAUUGCCUCUAGUUUUACUUGUUUGCUUUUUCGUAGGAGUAGAGUCUAGUCUUUCCCAGUUAGACAGAAUAACUCAGUUACCAGGUCAACCUCCAGUCUGGUUCCAACAGUAUUCAGGCUACGUGACCGUUGAUGAGAAAACACAGAAAGCUCUCUUUUACUACUUUGCUGAAGCUGAAAUAGACUGUGCUUCUAAGCCUCUUGUUCUCUGGCUAAAUGGAGGGCCAGGUUGCUCUUCUUUGGGAGUUGGGGCAUUUUCUGAGAAUGGACCAUUUAGGCCUAGUGGGGAGGCAUUGGUCAAGAACCAAUAUAGCUGGAAUAGAGAAGCCAAUAUGUUGUAUUUGGAGACACCAAUUGGAGUUGGGUUCUCUUACUCCACAAAUACCUCUUCAUAUGAAGGGGUCGAUGACAAGAUCACUGCUAGGGACAAUCUGGUGUUCUUGCAAAAAUGGUUUGUUAAGUUCCCACAAUACAGAAACAGAAGUUUGUUCAUUACAGGAGAAAGCUAUGCUGGUCAUUAUGUGCCCCAGCUGGCAGAACUCAUCCUUCAAUUCAACAAAAAGGAGAAGUUAUUCAAUUUGAAAGGAAUUGCUCUGGGGAAUCCAGUUUUAGAGUAUUCCACAGACUUCAAUUCGAGGGCUGAGUUCUUCUGGUCUCAUGGAUUGAUAUCAGAUACAACGUACAAAAUGUUCACUUCAGCUUGCAACUACUCGCGAUAUGUAAGUGAAUACUACAGAGGUUCAGUUUCUCCUAUAUGUUCAAGGGUGAUGGGUCAAGUGACUAGAGAAACCAGUAGAUUUGUUGACAAGUAUGAUGUUACCCUUGAUGUCUGUAUUUCAUCAGUUCUCUCACAGUCAAAAGUCCUUAGUCCCCGGCAGCAAGUCGGUGACAAUAUAGAUGUAUGUGUGGAAGAUGAAACAGUUAAUUAUCUCAACAGGCCAGAUGUGCAGAAGGCUCUCCAUGCACGUCUUGUUGGAGUCCGUCGAUGGGCUGUUUGCAGCAAUAUUCUUGAUUAUGCGCUGCUUGACUUGGAGAUUCCAACAAUCACUAUUGUGGGAGGACUCAUAAAGGCAGGAAUCCCAGUCUUGGUUUACAGCGGAGAUCAAGAUUCUGUCAUCCCACUGACUGGAAGCCGAACAUUAGUUCAUGGACUAGCAGAGGAAUUGGGACUAAAAACGACCGUGCCUUACAGAGUGUGGUUUGAAGGGCAGCAGGUUGGUGGGUGGACUCAAGUUUAUGGUAAUAUCCUAUCCUUUGCCACCAUCAGAGGAGCAUCCCACGAAGCUCCAUUUUCGCAGCCUGAAAGAUCACUUGUGCUGUUCAAGGCAUUCUUGGGAGGCCAACCUCUACCAGAAGCGUUCUGA